AGAGACUUUCCUUCAAGCUUUUGAUAUAUAGUCAUGGAAGAACAAAACUUUGAGCAACGGGAGAAGAUAGUAAAGGAAAUAACAGGAUACGAAUUUAACAAUCCCGACUUGUUACAUCAAGCUUUCACUCAUCCUUCCGUCCCACAAAAUUGGGCAUCUAAUGAUAGAAUGGAGUAUUUAGGUGACGCGGUUCUGAAUCAGUUGAUAGCAAAGGAACAUUAUUUUGCUUAUCCUGAUUUAGAUUCUGGAGGUCUCACAAGGUUGAGAAGUGUCAACGUAGAUACUGAGAAACUUGCUAGAGUUGCCAUCAAAUACAAUUUGCACGAUCAUUUACGUUACCAAAUCCAUUUAUUUAAAGAACAAGUUGAAGCAUUCAGAAAUGCUACGUUGGAGUACCCAUUGCAUUCAUUAGGUUUUAUUAUUAAUACCCCUAAAGUUCUUGCAGAUAUUGUUGAAGCCUUAAUUGGUGCAAUCUAUAUUGACUCUAAUUUCUCCAUGGAUAUAACUUGGCAGGCGGUAAAAGAUUUGUUGCAGCCUCUAAUAACUCCAGCAACACUAGCAACACUUGAGGAUUGACCGUCUGUUCAGAGUUAAACUAGUAUUUCAUAUCUUAUUGGCUGUACUAAUGGAAUAUUGUACUCCCUCCAUUCCAGAAUUUCCCUUUUUUCAUUCUUUUAAAUAAUUGAAUUAUUUAAAAUUUAAGAUGGAUGUUGAAUAUUUGAAAUUUUUUUCA